AUGAAAGCUGUCGUUCUCGGUGCUGCAGGUGGUAUCGGUCAGCCCGUAUCGCUUCUUCUGAAGGCCAACCCUGCUGUGACAGAGCUCGCUCUUUAUGAUAUCGUAAACUCCCCUGGCGUGGCCGUUGAUCUCUCUCACAUUGCUACUCCCGCCAAAGUUGAAGGGUUCCUGCCCCCUGAUGAUGGACUCAAGAAAGCACUGACCGGUGCUAACGUCAUCGUUAUCCCUGCUGGUAUUCCCAGAAAGCCUGGCAUGACUCGUGACGAUCUGUUCAAGAUUAAUGCUGGCAUCGUCCGCGACCUCGCUACUGGUAUCGCCACCACGGCUCCGAAGGCUUUCGUCCUCGUUAUUUCCAACCCUGUUAACUCCACAGUUCCUAUCGUCGCAGAGGUUUUUAAGAAGCAUGGUGUCUUUGAUCCCAAGAGGAUUUUCGGCGUAACAUCGCUCGACGUCGUCCGCGCUUCGACUUUUGUGUCUGAAGUCCUCGGUGAUCGUUCGUUGUCGCCUUCAGUAACGGUCCCUGUGGUCGGUGGUCACAGUGGUGUUACCAUCGUUCCUCUGCUCUCUCAAUCUUCCCACCCUCUCCCAUCCUCCCUCUCCACCAGCGCCCUUGAUGCUCUCAUCAACAGAAUCCAAUUCGGUGGAGACGAAGUCGUCAAAGCUAAAGACGGCGCAGGCUCAGCAACUCUCUCCAUGGCAUACGCAGGCGCCGAGUUCGCCGGGAAAGUCAUCCGUGCCCUAAAAGGCGAAAAGGGAAUCGUCGCACCUACAUUCGUCAACCUCGCUGCUGACAAGACGGGUGGUGAAGCUCUCAAGAAAGAACUUGGCAAAGACCUCGAGUAUUUCUCUGCUCCUGUCGAACUUGGGGUUGAUGGUGUCGCUAAGAUCCAUGCGCUUGGUAAGAUCACUGAUGCUGAGAAGGCGCUCGUCGCGGCUGCUCUUCCAGAGCUUGCUGCGAACAUCGAGAAGGGCGUCGCUUUCGUCGAGGCUCCUAAACUCUAA